CUCUGCGUUACUAUGGAAAUCCCGCCGCCAUCACCAUGUCGCUGCCGCAAGCCCCUCCGUCGCGAAUAUUCGUGGAACUAGUUCCCUGGGCUGACCGGGGACGGGAAAACAACCUGGUCUCGGGAGGAGAGACGCUGCCCGGGCUCCGCCGCCCCCGGGACCCCUCAGCACAGGGCCAGGCCGCGGCGCGCGAGGUGCACGUAAGCGGGAGCGCCGAGGUGUCUGCGAGCCCCGACCGCGCGCAGGUGGCGGUGAGGGUGAGCAGCACCAAGGAGGUGGCCGCUGAGGCCAAGAAGAGUGUUUGCCGCCGCCUGGACUACAUCACGCAGAGCCUCCAGCAGCAGGGGCUGCAGGCAGAAAAUGUAACUGUAAUGAAGGAAUUUAGAAGAGUGGAAAAUGCUUAUCACAUGGAAGCAGAGGUCUCCAUUACAUUUACUGAAUUUGGAAAAAUGCAAAAUAUUUGCAACUUUCUUGUUGAAAAGCUAGAUAGCUCUGUUGUCAUCAGCCAACCCCAGUUCUAUCAUACUACAGGUGCUAUUGAGAAUCUUCGACGGCAAGCCUGUCUUGUUGCUGUUGAGAAUGCAUGGCGCAAAGCUCAAGAAGUUUGUAACCUUGUUGGCCAAACCCUAGGAAAACCUUUAUUAAUCAAGGAAGAAGAAACAAAAGAGUGGGAAGGCCAAAUAGAAGAUCACCCAUCAUCCAGACUCUCAAGUUCAUUAACUAUACAACAAAAAAUUAAAAGUGCAACAAUACAUGCUGCUUCUAAAGUAUUUGUAACUUUUGAAGUAAAGGGGAAAGACAAGAAAAAAAAACAUCUCUGACAUUCUAAACAAUAUGUUGUGUUUGUAUCUUUUUUUCUAUUUUUAUACAUUUUAUGUUUCCUUUUAUUCCUCAGUAUUUAUACUGUAUAGUACAUAUGGUUCCUUCCUCUAAUCUGUCAAACCUGGAAUAUAGUCCCACAGAAUACUUAUGAUUACUGGCUAUUUUCAAAAACUUACCCUGGGAAAUAAAUAUGUUUGCACACUUUCUUAAUGACAAUUCAUAGAAGUGUAUGUGUAUCUAAUUUUUAUAUUUCUACUACAGAAAAAAAUAUUGACAAGGUAUUGACAUGAUUCUUAACAUUACUGAAAAUAAUGAUGAGCAGUGCCUAACUUCUGAUAAAAAGGUAAUGAGAUAUAGAGGAAAAUAUUUUGAGGCCAAAAAUAAAAGACCAGACUCUUUUCAUCAGAAUUCCUUUGAUUAUACACACCACUGUCCACUAUAGAUAUAAUGCAAGCUACAAUGUAUUAUAA